AUGGCAUUGGUUAUUGACUUGAUCGAGCGGGACAUACCCUCUCCGGGCAGUGGCGACUGGGGUCAGUGGUACGACAACCUUUUGGGUAAGAAGGAUAACUUGGUUCUGGUAGAGAACGAGGUAGGUGUUUUGGGCACUAAUACAGCCGUCGCUCAAGUUAUAUGGGGAGACGAAGCACGCAACAUUGUCGUGCAAGGCCUACAUGGCUGUUUCGCUCUCUUCUGCAUCUCUCCUAUAGGCGCUUUCGUUGCCCAUUUCUGGGAAAGACCGAGCGUCGUUGACGUGGACGGUAGAUUCGAGCCAGAUAUAAUCAACAUCCUGAGACACUACCUUGCCUCGAAGGAUAACGUAUAUCAGCUUGGGCCCAAUCCAUUUUGCUACAUUAUGGGUGGCACAUACGGUGCCAUUGCCGAGAACGGCGCAGAUGAACAAGACACUCUGACUCAAAGCGACUCGAUGGGGAUGAGAUAUCGACCACAGUACAAUAGGAUUCGAGACACAAUUUUGGACAUCCUGCCAAGGGCAUCGGUGGAAGGCUUCGCCUAUAGGAGACAAGUCAAUGAUGAAUUCCAAACGCUGGGCUAUGGUAAAGGAGCAGUGCUUUAUGAUCCAAUCCAGAAAGAACGUCCUGCUGAUGUGCCGGAGGAAAACUGGUCUAGUGAAUUCGGCACCGUGGCCGUGUAUCUCCAAGGCUACAAAGCCACUCAAAUAUUCCUCUCCAAGCAGGAGAUCCAGAUCUGGCGUCUGCAUUCCGACCCAACCUCGUGGACCAACGCGGCGAUACAAGCAAAUCGCGACACCUUGAUCGACCCUUGCGACACCGGUCGCGACAAUGGGAUCAUACGCCGGCAGGACAUAGUCGAACGCGGUUCAGAGGUCACUGAUGUUACUAAGUCCUUUGAUAUUCUUCUUGGCGACGGCCAUUUUGAGCAAUUCAGCUGCACUUACAAGGGCGGCCCAUAUGCUCCAACUGCCCAGUCAGGUGCAGUUGCAGGCGAGUUGACAUGCGCCGUUGGUGAAAUAUUUACGAACGAUUCCACGAUUUUGCUUGAUCAAGCCAUAUCUCAGCUAUCUGCAAAAGAUCUACCGACGCUAUACGAUCGCCUUCUUUACCGCGCUAUAAGACAUAAUGCCGUCGAUAUUCUAAAGGACCUAAUCACAAGAGGCGUAGAUAUCAGGCCUCGUCUACCAAGCAACGUCCGUGAUGCAAAUACAGAAACUCUCCAGCUACUACUGGAAAACGGAUGGGACAUCAGCUCUACCGCCGCAGACGACAAGAGAGGAGCGGAGGAACAGCUGCCGUUUCUCUGGCAUGUACUGGAUCGUAAGGAGCUAGUGGAAUGGGGUCUCGAACAUGGCGCGCAUACUUCCGUGCAGUUCCCGGAGUCUACGUCGCAGCGUCAUCGCCUGCUACAUGAAACUUUGCUGGAGAAGUGCGUCUCUCGUUGUAUCAUCCCUACGUACGAGCUUCUUCGAUCCCACGGUGCACCCCAUGGCCGACGAGAGCUUCACAUAGCGGUCGAGAGGGCGACAUACGGUCCUAUUGGGAAUGGCGAACGAGAUGAGCAGUGGUAUAGAGAACACAUGGACAUGGUCCAGCAUCUGCUCGAUGUGGUCAAACUAGAUGUCAACGCGCCAGACCAACCCCCCGACAUCGCUAUUCUGCCCAUGCAUCGUGGUGGAAAUGGUAGAAGUGCGGGCCCAAUAUGUUACAUACCUACCAGUAGCAUGCUGGAAAAAGACACGCGCGAAUUGACGUGGAUGUUAUUAGAUCGAGGCGCGGAUCCGGAACAAGCCCUGGGAUUUGCCAAGAAGGAUUACCCGCGGUUUAUCGAGGAUGUUGAGGCCUGGAGGAGGGAGAGGAAAAAGAGCAGCAGAGGAUGUUGUGUACAGUGA